CUGUUUCGCUGUUGUCUUCGCAACUGCGACUGCGUGUUUUUCGUGACUCCGGUCGCUCAAGGGUCUCCUUGCUUUGUCUUUUUCGGGCAUUUUCCACUCCCUCCUGCCCUGUCCAAGGACUGCAGCAAGAAGCCGGUCUUGAGACAAGCAGCUCGAAGCCCCGCUCUGGACGCUCUCACUUUUGUAAGAGCUGGCAGAUUCGGCCGCAGUCCAUUUUGUUUGUUUUGCCUGCUCCGUUUGCUUUUUUUAUCUCUUUUCUGUAGCUCGAAGCCGUCCUUCUUCUAAAAUGCGUCGCGGUCGGGACCUUUCACAACACAAAAAGGUCCUCGCAAGGUUCCCCGUUUUCCUUGACUCCUUCCGUCUCUCUCCCCUUAUGUUCUUGUUUCUAUAUCCCUCUCUUUUUUCUCGGUUUCUCUCUCUUCCUCUGGCUCGUCGCUCGGCUCUGGACCCCCCGCGCGCUCUCCUCUGCUUCUGUUCGGCCUUGUCCGCGGACCUGCGGUUGUUGGUCUCUGUGCGUUAUUUCCAUUCACCCUCUCUGGGACCGCCCUGCCUUCCUCGAAGAAACGGCGAGGAACGCAAAAAGAAGGCAGGCUGAACUUCCCUGCCGUCGCACGACGGAAACUUCCCCAGCAAUCUUCGUGGACAGACGCGUCUCACUGCGUUUCUUCUCACUGCGUUCCUUCUCACUCUCCUACUCCUCGUCUUCGUCUUGUCAUUUUCCUGCUGUUCUUCUCCCUAGCGUCUCUUUCUUCUCUCCUCUCCCUUCUCUUCUCCUCUUCCUUCUGUUCUGCGCGGGAGCUCGGGCAAGCGCAGCAAGCGGCAGAGCGACGAGGUGCAUGCGGCGCUCGGCGUCUCUGAGGAGAGAAAGGCUUUCGAAGAAUUAACAGACAGAAGAAGCAGGCGUUUCGGACAGAGCCGGCGCCGUGGGGUAGCGCGCGAGGGAGACGCUGGUUCGGUGGCGGAUACGUCUUUUCUCUUAGUCAGACCGGUCUUUUUAAGUUGCGUGAACAGCAUGCAGGCCAUCGGUCCUAUGUAGGAGGAAGGCUGAUUCGGCUUCCCCCUUUCUUACAGAGUUCCUCUUCUCUGAGACGCUCUCGCCUCCACGUCAAGGAAAGAUGGACGUCUCUGGAGCGCUCGCCAGCGUUCCGGAGGAGGCAAGAGAAAAUUCCGAGAGAGGGCCAGGCGACGUCGAACGAGGAGCAGAAGAAGAAAGAGGACGCUCGACAGAGGCGGAGGGAGCCGACGUUUUUGGUGAAAGGGGAGAGGAGAGAGAGAAGGAAGACGGAGACAUGGAAACGCCAGAGAGAGGAGACAGAUGUGGGGAGAGAGGUGAAAGAGAGGAACGAGAGGCAGGGGAGGCAGGGACUCGCGGAGGCGAACCGAGGGAGGAAGACGCAGAAGCUCGGAGACUCGAGCAGCUCCUCAGAGAAGCAGCGGACGAGAAUGCCCUGGUGGAGGCAAUGAUCGAAGUUGAGGGAGGAUUGAGGAUUCGUCGUUCUUUUAUGCUCUCGGACUUUUUUCGGAGAAACUCAAGGAAGCGGAGCCGCACAGACACGAGAGCUGGGCGGGACGCCGCCAGACCUCCUCGCAGAAAUGCAGACCCACCCGAUGCAGUGCAUGCCGCAGAACUGGGUCGCUCAGCGGACUUCCAGCAAGAAGAACGAAGAGAAGGGGCAGUGGCUGGUGGAAGCAACCGACGGCGAGGAGGGAAGGCGAAACAGGAAGAAGACGGAGAAGAAGACUGGAUCCUGGUUGAUGACCGCUUUUUCGUCAAACGGCGACGUAGGCUGUCAAAGAGGGCGUCAGGAUCUCUUCACUCCCCACCGUCGUUCCCGCUUUGUUCUUCUUCGAGUUCUUCGUCUUCGCAGAGCGCGAGAGAAGAGUUUUCUUCUCUCUCAGUCUCCCAAGGCGCAUGUGAGGUGGACGAGAAGACAAGCGUUGAGGAGGACGGUGACAGCAUCUGGAGGGAUGCCUCAGAUGACCGAAUUCAGGAAGAAGAGAGACCGAGACGCAGGAAGAACAGACGCGUCCACCGCCUGUGGGUCGACGAAGGCGAAGAAGGCGAGAGCGGAGAGGAGACGAAGACCGAGGAAGAGAACCACGACAGAGAAAGACUCGCCGGCAUAGAGACAAGAGAGAAGGCCGCUUGUGUCGAGGCGAGAGAAGAACCGAGUCUCCCGUUGACGUCAAGAGGAAGAAAGCGGUGCACAGCUGGCGAAGGCGGUACAGAUCUAGAUGCGGACGGAAAGAAGAGAAGAGACAGAACCAAGAGGAAAGGAGAACGGAAAGCAAAAGACGGAAACGGAACGAAGGGCGUCUGCUUGCGGCUUUUGUCCACGGGUCAGAUUCGCACGCUCCUCCAGAGUGUACCUACAGCAGAGUUUGUGUUGCACAGAUUUCUCUCCUCAACGAGCUUUCUGGCGGCGCCCGUGGAGACCCCAAGGAAGCGGGCAAAACUGGAGCGAGGAGGAAGGGAAGCAGAAAGUCGAGGAGCAGCGGCAGAUCUGGAGCGCCCCGUACCGCCUGAAAGGCUGUCCAAGGAGGGAAGAGAAGCUCAGAAACAAGGAAGGAAGGAAGCCGAAGUCUGGAGGGAGGAAGGGGAGACUGACGGCGGAACAAAGCAAGAAAGACACGAUGAAAGAGGGAUGGAAGGCAAUCGCGCCCAAGAGGAAUCUACGCAGGGAGACCUUUUCGAUGCCGACGACGUAGACGGAGAGGCUCAUGGAGGAGACAGGCAGGUGGAAUCCCCUCGUACGCGGCCACAGAGCUCCUCCGUGAAACAUGCAGAAGGGGAGGAGACAGCGUGGCCCAGAAAACGAGACGCACUCCAUGGGUGGACGCGAGCCGUGACGGAUGCCAAGAAGCUCUGGUUGGAGUCUCUUCUGCGACCGAAAAUGGUCGCUGUGGCUGCUCAUCUCCUGGAAGCAAACGGUCGAGACGCAGACAUCUUUGCAUGCAAACGCUUCCCAACCUUCGAUCGCCUCCAGGCGGCCUUCCUGCGGACUCUGGGGGCCUCUGCCCCUCCCACCAGCCCCGGCGGAUCGGCGUAUAGACGGAGAAGGCGACCGGCCGCGCGUGCACCUCCCGCGGGCAUUUCGCCGAGGGAUCUGCGACCUCGCAGCGUUCAGAAGGACUCGCCUUUUCUCUCGGCUGUGGCGAGCGGCGGGCAGAUUGUGUCUGCAGGCGCUUCACCGCAGUCCGGCUUCGAGAGCGAAGAAGGAGACAUGCCUGAGACGGACAGAGAGACGGACGUCUCAGGACAGGCCAGAAGACGUCUUGAAGGCGAAGAGGUUUCGCUCUUCCUUUGGCUGUUAAAGGAUUUUCUUUCCUUCACAGAUCUCUGUCACUUAAUGAGCGCGUGCACAGUGCUUCGGCAGGAGCUCUCUCACGCGCUCUACUGGACCUGUCUCUCCUUUCGUCCGCUCGAGGCUGCGGGGACUGUCUCCUGUCGAGGGAGACAGUGUCGCCCGUCUGCAGAGGCGCAGCAGGAACAGCUUUUUUCCCUUCUCUCGCAGCCGCGCUUUUCCACCUUUUCUGGAGUGUCUUCUCCCUCCUUCGACGUUUGUGGCUCGGACCGUCUCCGCGCAAGCUCGCGGCUCACUCACCUUCGGCUGCAAAUGCACCUCGGGCCAUCUUUCGGACCGUCUCUAAAGGUGACGGGACUCACAUGUCUCCACAGGGUCGCCGCAGCUGCGCCCAAUCUUGUGCACCUCGACCUCACUGGCUGCUUGCCUCCAGGGGAUUGGUGCGACGGUCGAAGUCUGCUGCCUCAUCUGCGUCACUUGUUUCCGUCUCUGCAGUCUUUCGUGACCUCCCGGGGCGCUGAAGUUUCGGUCGCUGCUGCCUCCGCGAAACCGCCAGAGCGAAAACCGCGACGAGUCGAUCAAGGAGUCUAAGGCCGCGGCUGCGUCCAGGUGUAGAUGCCGUAGAGGCAUGUGGAUUUCCUGUGUCCAGGCAGCGAUCUGCUUGGAGUGCCUUUUCCACCGCGCUUGGCUUUUGAACACACUAAAAAAAGUAAUGUUGGC